AUGAAACCUACGAUACUUUCAACAAAUGAAUUACCAACUUCACGUGAACAACAAAUAAGAAUAUCACCAAAAAUUAAAUUCUCUGCUUGGCAUACAUUUAAACAUCAUAUUCCACGUUUUAUUCUAACCAUUCUUAUUGAUAUUGUAUUUCCACUUGUAAUUUAUUUUGGUUUACAAAAACUUACCAAACCAGUUUAUGCACUUUUACUUGCUGGGACACCACCACUUCUUAUGGUCAUUUGUAAAGCACUUAUAUCUCGAACAUUUGAUGCACUUGGUUUUCUUAUUUUCUUUGGUUUCGUUAUAUCAGGUGUUGUAGCCAUUGUUACACGAAAUUCUAUUAUACUCUUACUAGAAAAAUCUCUUGUUACUGGUAUUCUUUCAUUAAUUUUUGGUAUAACAUUAAUUCCAUUUCAAUGUUGUUCAUGUCGAUGUAAAUUACGACCACUUGCUUAUUAUUUCUAUCAAGAUUUAGUUCCAACUAAUCGUGCACAAGUUGGAUUAUUAGAAAGUGCAUUUAAUGAAGAAUAUGAUCAAGCUAAUGAUCAAUAUGCACAACUUAAAGAAGAAAUUACUGUACCGAAAUUAUCAGAUAAAGAAGAAGUUGCAAAAGUAUAUGAAUGGAUAUAUAAACAUUGUCCAUCAUUUCGUUUUGCAUGUUACACAAUAACAAGUAUUUGGUCAAUAGGAUUGCUAUUAGAAUUUAUUGCACGAUUAACUCUUAUUCUUAUGCAUUUACCAAUUAAUAAAAUAGUUAUUUAUGCACAUGUUAUACUUAGUUCAAUAACAAUUCUAUGUAUUAUAUCAUCAAUUAUUUGUAUAAUUAUUGAACGAAAAUAUACAUUAUUAUCUAUUGAACGAUGGAAUGAACAAUCACAACAACCACGAAAGGAUUUUUCGAAUAGACGUGCAUCUCUUGUGAUUAUCGAGUGUAAUUCAAAUUCUGUUUCCAAUGUUAAUAUAUAG